UUUAUGAGCACAGUAUAUUACGACAGCAGAGAGCCAAAAGCAAACAUUUUCUGCAAGUAGAAGCAGAAGAACCAGGGCUUAGGAUUAACAGCUGCUUGGAUAACAUAAUUUUUCUACAAUAAGUCAUGGACUCUGGAGGUCCAAAGCCAGAAGACGUUGCAAUAAAUAAAACUGAUGAAGACCUCAGUGUCACUGGCGCUAGUGAAAAGAUAAAGAAGCAUUCAGGGCAAAAGGAGGAUUAUAAAAUAAUCACUCAUAUAUGUAAAAGAAUCACACACAAAAAAUCUAUCUUUGCAAGUCUUCUAAAUGAUUAUGUGGAAUCUGAUGUCUUUGUUAUUGAUGGAGAUUCAUUGUUAUUAUCCUGUGCUUCUGAUGGAUCCUUAAAAAUAGGACAGAGUCUACAUUUCUUCUUCUUGGUGGAACGAUUUUUGCUUAACUUGACAGUUAAGGGAGCAAGAUAUGUUAUUGUCUUCUUUCAGGAUAUGGAACAAACGUAUUCCCGGUAUCCUACGUUAAGAUCCCUACGUACUCAAUUGCAAAUUCAUCUGUCGAAAAACACUGGCACAGCGGUCUGCACAUUCUCAAACUUUCUGUCAGAACAAUGGAAAUGUUUUCUCAAGGACCAGUCUCCCUACUUUUUAAUGGUUUCUGACAAAGGAAUUACUCCUGAGCAAACAUGUUUUUUAAACAUGCUAAUGUUAGAUUCUCUGGCAAAGAACAUUGAUGCUGUGCUUAUUGAUGGACAUGAAUCUGACCACCUCCGGGUUUAUGGCUACCAUAUCAAAUCGUCACUAGGCACCACAGAAAUCAUAGCAGAGAUAAAGAAAACAUUUGAUGCAAUACUUGGAAGUAUUAUUAAAUUAGAAACACAUAGAUCAUUGUCCAGACCUCUAAUUGAAUGCCUAAAGACAAUGAACUGCAAGGAACAGGUGGAGAAAUGCAUUUCUCUUUUCCCUAAACAUCAGAAAGACGCACGGGCUAUCACUUGUGUUGUUGCUUGUUCCAUGGCACUGAGAAUACAGGCUCAAUCCAAACCUUUACAGGAUAACAAAAAGGGGCUGAAACUGGAAGAAGCAAGUGAGUUAUGCAAAAUGCUAUGCCAGUGUAUAGCAUUCAUGAUCACUUUGCCACUUUCACAGCGAGCAAGGAUAAGAAAACUAAAGAAGGCAGAAUGGAACAAAAAUGCUUCCUCAUUUAUGGAUUUGUACACUACUUGUGUGGAAUUUGCUUUGACUCAGAUGAAUGUUGAUAUAAAAAAUAACAAGAUUGACUGGACUUAUAUCACGGACAUAUCUGAUGAUUUAUUGCUUAAAAACAUUGUGUUUUGCUGUGAAAAAGAAGUCUUCUCUGAAUGCAAAUUGGAAUUAGGCGAAGAAAUAGAUAAAUUGUGUAAAUGCCUCUGGGAGACAGUAUUGAAUUUAGUCCCUCAAAGUGAACAUUUGGGGUCCUAUGAACUUCGAAAGACAUCAAUACCAUUUCUUUCAAAAGACUCAUCUGUAAAAGUGGAAACAAAAGAAGUUCUUUCUGUUGGGUUGAUACCAAUGCAUUCUGAUGUCAUUGAAGAUUAUGCAGGAGAUAUGAUAAAGGAACUACCAAUAUUAAGAAGUGAUGACCCGCGCUUUCCCUCCUUGAUGAACACAGAAACAUAUGAUGAACUUUCGCACUGGCAUGUAAACCGCCCACUAAGUGAUGAAUUUGACAGAACUAAGUGUGACCGCGAUGACAGAGAAAAGGAUAAAUAUACACUAAGAGCUUAUCAGAAACAGCAGACCUUUCAAUAUCGCUAUGGACAAUCUUUAGGUUUAAAAACACCUAAGAAGAUCGUAUUGCAGAAUGAUCAACCAGAAGAGAAAAGUUUUGCUCAUAAGGCUGUUGUUAAGAAAAAGGAGCCCCAGAAGAAGAAAAAGGAUCAAAUAAUAGAAGAGAAUCUAAAAAAGAGUAAGGCUGAAGAAGAGAAAAAGGAACAGGUGCAAUGGAAGAUGUUGGCCCCAUCUUUGGAAAAAGAAGUCGUGGAAGAUUUCUUCCUUGGCUUGAACAAGCUGGAAAAUUUCAUAAAAUCUUUCCGGACACCAUAUGUGAAAUAUCAAGCUCAGUUAAAAGCAUUAACACUCUGCUUUAAUAAAUGGACUGAAGAGUGCAAAAUUAAAUCUAAAGAUCAAAGAGAUAUAACAAUUGUUGUGGAAAUUAUGAAAAUGAUCCAAGCAGUCAUGCAGAGCAAUCGGGAUAUGAUACAAAAGCAAGAUGAAGACAAGAUAGCUACUUAUCUCAGUGAACUUGGUUUCGACAACCUGGCCUGUUCAUUGAGCCAAGCCAAGAUACCCAUCCAAAAGGAAGAAAGGACAGAAAGGAAAUACACAGUAGGAGUUGGUUCCGUUCGUUUCCAGUUGCAGCAUAUGGGACCACAUUUGAUGAGGGAUGAAAGAAGUGAUCCAGACCCAAGAGUGCAGCACUUCAUUCCAGACACAUGGCAGAGAGAACUUCUCGAUGUUGUUGACAACAAUGAGUCUGCAGUUAUAGUGGCUCCAACAUCUUCAGGGAAAACAUAUGCAUCUUAUUAUUGCAUGGAGAAGGUUUUGGCACAAAGCAAUGAAGGAGUUGUAGUUUAUGUCGCUCCCACUAAGGCUCUUGUAAAUCAAGUUGUAGCUACUGUUAUCAGUCAAUUCAAUAAGGAUUUACCAAAUGGAAUAGUGUUGUGUGGGGUUUUCACUCGCGAUUAUCGCACUGAUGCUUUAAACAGCCAGGUGCUGGUCACUGUGCCUCAGUGUUUGGAAAUUCUUCUAUUAAGUCCACAUCGACAAGACUGGGUGAAGAAAAUCAAAUAUGUGAUAUUGGAUGAGGUGCAUUGCUUAGGAGGGGAAAUUGGAGCAGAAACCUGGGACCACAUACUGUCUAUGAUUCGCUGUCCAUUCCUGGCUUUGUCUGCUACCAUCAGUAAUCCAGAACACUUAACUAGCUGGCUGCAGUCUGUCAAAACAUUUUGGCAACACAAUGAUGAAAAAGAAAUGGAUCAUGUAUCAAUGUUACGCCAAAAGGGAGCAAAGAAAAAAACUGUAAGAACAGAAAAAAGGUCUUACAGAGUUCGACUAGUUCAGUAUAAUAAACGAUACAAUGAUCUGGAGAAGUAUAUAUGCUCUGUCAAAGAUUCCAAUUUUGAUUUUGAACAUUACCAUCCAUGCGCUGCCUUGACAAUAGAUCAUAUAAAGAACUAUGGUUUUCCACAUGAUCUUACAUUCUCUCCAAGGGAAUGCAUACAACUAUAUGACCUCAUGGAAGCUGCAUGGCCAACAAUGUCAAACCUAAAGGCAUUAGAUCCUGAAGAGAACAUACAUUUGAAGGACAAAAUCUUAACAAAAAAUUAUGUAUCUGCAUAUGAAAAGGCGCUGAAAAAAGAAUUUUUUGACUGGGUUCAAAAAGGACACAAUACAAAGGUUUCAGAAGUGCUGGAAAGCCUUAAACCUAACACACCAUCUAAGGUAGAGUGUAUUGAAUAUUUUCCUUUGCUUGUUGAAAAACUACACAGGAUUGACAAACUUCCUGCUAUUUUUUUUGCAUUUAAACUAAAUUUAGUGGAAAAUUUAGCAAAAACGCUGAAUGAGCAUCUAAAUGAUAAGAGACAAAUGAAAUGGACUGAGGAGGAGAAGAAGAAAAUCCAGAAACUUCAAGCAAAAGCAGAAAAAUUGGAAAAAAGUCUUCAGGCAACAGAAACAGAAAAAGGAUCUUCAAGAAUGUUGAGUAAAAGUGAAGACCUGGAGGUCAAGCAGGCCAAUUAUGACAGUUUACAGAAAAAGAUUUCAAAGUUUGAUGAAAUUCCAUCCGAUUGUACUUAUGCUGAUGUCAAAGCUGUGGACAAAGAGACGUUAUUGCAAAUCUAUGAGAGAUCAAAAUUUACAAGACAUCCCAUACUUAAAGAUCUUUCACUAAAAGGAAUUGGUUAUCACCAUGGAUCAGUAGACGCAAAAGGAAGGAGACUUGUUGAAAUGCUGUUCAGGAUGGGUUACGUAAGAGUGGUAACAGCUACUGGAUCACUUGCUCUGGGAAUCAACAUGCCAUGCAAAUCUGUGGUUUUCUUAGACGAUUCUGUUUAUCUAGAUGCACUGAACUACAGACAGAUGUCAGGGAGGGCUGGAAGAAGAGGCCAAGACUUAAUGGGAGAUGUCUAUUUUUUCAACAUCCCAAUGCCGAAGGUGAAAAGGCUCUUAAAGUCCAAUGUUCCUCAGUUAAGAGGGCAAUUUCCGCUCAGUGUUACCUUCAUUCUCAGACUAAUGUUACUUGCAGCAAAAGCAGAUGACAAAAAAGAUGCAAAAGCCAAGGUUUUAUCAAUGUUGAUGCACCCACUUAUGUCAUUCAAACAACCACAAGAAGCACAGAUGUUGAAGCUGUACUGCAUAUUCUCACUGCAAUUCCUUCUCUAUGAGGGAUUCUUGAAUCACGAUUGUCAACCUACUGCAUUUACAGGACUUGUUACUCAUUUACAUUACCAGGAACCAUCAAAUUUUGUGUUUGUCCACUUUCUAGAAAAAGGCCUUUUUCACAAAGUCUGCAAACGGUUAAAAGGUUCUACCAAAUUUUCGGACUCUGUAAUGGAAACCCUUGUGCUGAUAUUAGCACACCUUAUUGGGAGGCGCUACUUAUCACCAAACAGAGUUCCAGGGGAUGAAACAUUUUUUCAGUCAAAGGUUUUUCUUGAUAAACUUCCAAAAGAAUUUACUGCUGUUGUUGAAAAUUACAACAGUAAAGUUGCAACUGUAUUUGGACACUGUAUUCUUGCAGGUUCCAAACUGGCAGAUAUGGAGAAGGAAUACCAACUACCACUAUCCAAAAUCAACUUUUCAGGUAAAGAGUGUAUGGAUUCAGGAUUAGUAGCUCACUUGAUGUCAUGCCGUGAAGGAAGAAGUGGUAUCACCCCUUUUGCAUGUCUCUCAGGAAAUACAGAUAUUGACUUGAUGAAAAUGAGAAAUCUGAACAGUCUCAUGAUGCAAACAGCUCACAUUCCAGAGAAGCAUAUCCCUCUGUUAUCCUUUCAAAAUACAGAUCAAUAUAGAGGAAAAAGAUACCUCAAUGCCUAUGCCUUAGAUUUCUUCAAACAUGGUUGCAUGGACGCCAUUGUGAAAGAUAAUGGGUUUAAUUCAGGGGAAGCAUAUUACAUAUUGUGGGACUUCUACCUUAUCAUUGCAUCUAUAAGUGUUUCUUUGAAAGAAAUGUGCGAGACUGAUCCAGUUGCACUGGCCUUCGAACAGCUGAAAGAGAAGUACCUUGAGAAACUAGAAGCAGUGAAUCAAAUUGGUCGAUAGAGUACACGUGUCUACAUCUUCAGGCUUCAUGUUCUCAUAAAACAAUCCAACAUAAUAUCAUAACAUGCUAUCAGAACACUUAAAAAGGCUUAGUUUACAAAACAAUCAAUUGGUGUCCACUAAUAGACAAAGACAACGUAUACAUCUUAUAGAAUGUAACCAAUUCAUGUUGUAAAAAGCUGGUAAUCUUAAAUUCACUGCACAUCUCAGGAUAUAUUGAGUUUAGGAAUGAAUUAAGAUAGGACACAUCUGUACUAUGCAACAACAUUCACGCUAAAAACCAUUUUACAGUUUACAUAAGUUUAAUAUAUCAAAACAUUUCAAUCGUACAAAUCUAACCAACAAAACAUUUGAAAUAUAAUCAACAUAAUUCUAUUUUGAUGUAUUUAGCUGUGUCAGCAGUUGUCUUUACUGUUAAACUCUGUUCACCCUAGUUGACAGAUAAUUUUACAAAAAGAUCUAAAUAAAAAAAAAAAAAAUAAUAACUCAUUGACCUUUAUAUGAAUCUGGGAUUACAUUAUUCCUGGUACUUAACUCCUUCAAGACCCCUCGAGUUUUAAUUUGUAGCUAAUGUUUUUUUUCCUCCGCACCUUUUAAGGCUAGGAUUACAUAUGUCCAGCAAACAUAAUCCCACCCUAAAUCUCGACGCAAAUGAUGCCACAACGGAUGACAACAUGCAUCAGUUUUCAUAAAUUGGGUAGUAUUCGGCAUCCAUUUUUUAUGAACGCCGGACAAGGGAAUAGAGCAUGAUGCGUUUCCCUGUCCGGUACCAGUCCAGCGAGUCCAACCAUCCAACGUCCAAUCUGAGACACUGGAUCAAUGUAUACUGUCCCAUUCAUUCAUCAAUUGUAGCAUCAGUUUUUCUCCUGCGCUAAGGGGAAAAAUGUCAGAUGACACAUAUGUAAACCCAACCUUAGACCCAUUUUUUUUUUUUUCACUGACAAACUUGUAUUUAGGCUUAUUUUUUUUGUGGGACAAGUUGUACUUUUUAUUGGCAUACUUUGUUUUAACAUAUAAUGUUACAAAGCCAGAAGAAAAUUUUAUGUAGGAAUAUGGAAUUGCGUAUUUUGACAAUCAUCAUCAUUUUCCAAGUUUACAAUACGGUAAAACUGACAUGCUAACUUUUUUCUGUGAGUCAGUAUGAUUCCAAUGAUGUCAAACUUGGAUAAUUUAUGUUUCACUUUAUGGUUAAACAAAUAGAAAACCUUGGUCAAAACGCUUCAGAGUUUUUAACAUGUCUCUCUUUUUAUGGAACAAGCUUUUAAAGAUUUGAUAUAAAUCCUAUUGUUUUAAGGAAUCUGGUGUGUUCUGACUCCUAAUACUAUUUAAUUUUUCUACCUACGGACCCGGUUUUUGUUUUUUUUUCCUUUGCCUGUGCAGGAUCAGGAAUGUAAUAAUAUAAGAGGUUGGACAAUUACACAUGCAGUGAUACUAAAAAUAUUUCUUUGAAAAAAUUUGGAAAAAUUAUGGGGAUUAGAAUUUCUUAUGAAA